AAUAGUUUGUGGCCAUUCAUCAUCAUUUCAGACUCUCUCUCUCUGCAUUCUUCAGCUCACAGAGAGAAAGAUGGCGAGUUCCAUUUCUUCGAUCUCAACAAGUUUUAGUUUCAUCCCCAACAACAAAGGUAGUCACAAACCAAACCCAUGGCUCUAUCAACCAUCGCUAAGCUCGAACAGUCUCAUAUUCUAUUCAAAGCAUCAUCCUCAUCGUCGUCCACUAUCUUCGUCCCAGAUUCCCGUCGUAGAAACUGAUGAGGACGACGACAAAGAAGGCCUUACUUUCAGUGGUUGCAGAGGAUGCGGAAAAGAGGUGAAAGAGAAUGGUUGCAACGGCGACGGCCGGAUUCAAGGAGGCAUUGCCACUGUCCCUGGCUUCGGUUGGUGGCCCAUUAAGGCUUACCGGCCUUGUCCAGGCUUUGUCGAGGCCGGAGGUAGAUACCGCCGCAUAGGGCAGAGCAUGGAUGAGGUUGCCUUUGGUCGUGGUGACUCUAAAUCCUCCACCGAUUCCUAGCUAAGUCUAAGCCCCAAAAAUUUUGAGUUAAAAGUCGCAGCAAGUUCAACAAGUGAAAUAGUCAAAAAUUAAGUGCAAACCAAGAAAAAGACCUUUUACUUUUCUCAUUUGUGUAAUCCAAGAAAGACUUUUCAAUUCAAAGACUUCCCUACACCUAGAAAUGUUGAUGAUUUGUGGAUUGCGUUAUAUUAUGUAAAGCUAAAAGAUCCAAGCCCA